AUGAAGGCGGGAGAUCCUGACAAUCACAUCGCUCAGUACAAGCAACGCAUGCUAGCCGUAACAAUCCCCCGGGAUGCACGGGAACCUACCAUGUGCAAGGGAUUCGGAUUGACCUUGACUGGCCCUGCUCUCCAAUGGUACAUCAAUCUUCCUACCAAGUCCAUUAAGUCCUUUGCAGCUCUUAGCGACAAGUUCGUAGAGCAAUUCGCUAGCAGUCGCAACCUAGAGAAAAACUCAGACGACCUCUAUGAAGUCCUCCAGCAUAGGAACGAACCCCUUCGUUCCAACAUAGCACACUUCAACCAAGAGAAGGUGGCUAUCCUUGAGUGCAACGCUGAUACAGCUAUCUCGGCCUUCAAGCGAGGUCUGCUCCUGGAGGGAGAUCUCUACAAGGAGCUGAUUAAUUAUAAGUGUAGGACUAUGGAGGACGUAUUGUCCCGUGCUUGGGAUCAAGUAAGAUGGGAAGAAGAUGUUGCAAGUAGGGCCAAAACCUAUCCAAAGUAUGAUCAUAUGUCCUUAAAGCCAACUAGGAACGAUCGCGAUGAGCCCUCUCCUCUCAUGUCCACUAGGGAGACUAGCAAUCCGAGCAGGGGCAGGUAUCAGCAUCGCCUUCUGCCUAGAUCCGAAGGAAUGAUGGUAUCCACAUGGUCUGACUCCCAUCUUGCGAUAUCAAAGCCGGAGCUAAUCGGUGUCCUGCGAGAAAUGGGUCGUCAAGUCAAAUUGCCCCCUAAGAUGAAGGCCUCAGAGGCUAAUCGAAACCCCAAGCGGUGGUGCGAGUUUCAUAGUGACCAUGGUCACACUACGGAAGAUUGUAUAGCCCUGAAGAUGGAAGUCGCUGAGCUUCUCAAGAAAGGUCACCUAAGGGAGUUCCUCUCACACAAGGCCAAGAACCUUCUGAAUAAGGAAGGUCCCGGUCUCCCUACUGAAGCAGCUCCCGCAUUGCCACCACUGCAAGACCGGGUGAUCCAUGUUAUCUCAGGCGGAUCCGAAGUACGCGGAAUCAGUAGUGCUGCUGCCAAGAGAAGUACUCGCAAACCAGGAACGGCCAAGAGUCCGAGGGUCCUAAGCGCCUACUCCUCGGAACGGAUGAGAUCAGCUUCACCGCAGGGGAGCAGGAGAAGCAACAUUAUCUUCCGCUCGGCCUACGCCGACCUAGGGUUAGAACCUACGGCCCAUACUAGAAAGGCGACUCCCCUUGUAGGCUUCAGUGGAGAGGUAAAGCAAACCUUAGGAGAGGUUCUACUCCCAGUGUAUGCCGAGGGGAUAAACCAGGCCAUUAAAUUCCUAGUCGUCGACUGCCCUUCAUCGUAUAAUGUGAUACUAGGAAGGCCUUGGAUCCACGACAUGGGAGCUGUACCUUCGACUUUGCAUCAACUGGUCAAGUUUCCAACUCCCUGGUGUUGGGCACGAAUAUGGCCCGAUAGCUGUCUGCUGAAUGAUGAAAAAUGGUAA